AAGCGAGAUGCAGAGAAUGAUCGCGGAGGCAGUGGCGGCCCAACUCAAACGAACACCAGUCGAACAACCAAAGGUCGAGCGGCCCAGAAUCGAACAAGCGAGAGUCGAACAACCCCAAAAUGAGCAGCAGCCCCCUGAGCGCGAACAACAGGCACAAUCGCAUGAAAGGCAAAAUAGGAGGAUAGACGAGGAGGAGUCCUCUGUCAGAACCGUCAAUCCACAAGCCAGAAACGACACGCUGGAACAGCUGUUAGCGCAGGUCCGAGACUUGCAGGCCCGGAUCAAUGCAGAACUACGCGUUGCGUACGAUGCUUGGGGUCAAGGUGACUACCUUUGCCGUAACUAUGUCCUGAACGGUCUUAGUAACGAGUUGUACAAUGUGUACAGCUCUGUUGGUUCUACCAAGGAACUUUCGGCUGCCUUGGAGAAGAAGUACAAGACGGAGGAUGUCGGGGCGAAGAAAUUCGUCGUCGGCAAAUUUCUUAACUUCAAGAUGGUUGACACGAAGACUGUCGUGUCACAAGUGCAAGAGUUUCAGCUGAUCUUGCACGAUAUCCAUGCAGAAGGGAUGACUUUGAGCGAGUCAUUUCAAGUAGCGGCUGUGAUUGAGAAGUUGCCGCCAGGCUGGAAGGACUUUAAGAACUAUCUCAAACACAAGAGAAAGGAGAUGAGUCUUGAAGACCUGGUUGUUCGUCUUUGUAUUGAGGAAAAAAACCGUAAAUCUUCAGGCAAAAGCCCGAUAAUGGAGGCUCGUGCGAACUUGUUGGAGCAAGGCAGUUCGAUCAAAAUGAAGCCCCUUAACAAAGGGAAGCAGCCCGCCAAGGUUUCGAAAUUUACUGGAACUUGUUACAAUUGUGGAAAGCCAAACCAUAUGGCGAAAGACUGCAAGAGGCCAAAGAAGGCUGGGCCAAAUAAAGGGCAACCGAGUGCCCUUGUUGCUGAACACGGCCCUGUGCUGGGUGAAUUGACCGACUUUGAUAUGUCGGUUGUGGUGUUUGAAGCCAAUUUGGUUGAUAACCCAAGAGAGUGGUACAUCGAUACUGGUGCCACUCGUCAUGU